AUGACAAUUGCUAACCACACAGAAAAUCUAAUGCCAGAAACCAUCCACAUCGCUAGCCACAGAGAGCACCACCACCUUACUAUCAACACAUUCACUCAAUUUGCCACUUAUUGAUUUCACACACUAUUUGUUUCACAAAAGCAAAUAUGAAGAGAAAGGCGAUCACAGUAUCUGUCAUCGCGUUUCUCUUCGUUGCUGCAAUAUCUAAUUCCGAUGAGCACAAUCCUCAUCGUAACACAACAGUCUCGAACACCAACCAUUUCGUGCUAGUUCAUGGGUCGUGUUUUGGGGCAUGGUCAUGGUUUAAACUUGUGCGGUUACUGAAAUCUGCAGGACAUACAGUCACUUCUAUUGAUUUAGCUGCUUCUGGUAUAAAUCUUUUGCAUGCUAAAGAUGUUCAGUCCUUCUCAGAUUACUCUAAGCCUUUGAUGGAUUUCAUGGAAUCUAUCCCUUCACAUCAAAGGGUGGUGCUUGUUGGACAUAGUUCAGGUGGGACUGUCAUAUCACAGGCCAUGGAGCAUUUUCCACACAAGGUUUCUGUGGGUGUGUUUUUAUGUUCUGUAAUGCCUGGUCCAUCCUUCAAUUCCUCUGCAAUUGCUAAAAUGGUGAUGAGUAGAUUGGCUCAUGAACUGGACAACACAUUUACAUAUGAUAAAGGUCUCAAUAGUCCUCCAACAGCCUUUAUCUUUGGCCCUAAGUUCUUAUCACAAGUAGUAUUUCAGUAUAGCCCACAUGAGGAUGCAGAUCUAGCAACAGUGUUGGUAAGACCAAAACCGUUGGUGAGUGUGGAUGGUUUGGUCCUUACAAAAGCAAAGUUCGGAUCAGUGAGAAGAGUUCUCAUUUGUGCUGAGCAAGACAAGAUUGUAACACAAGAUGUUAUUAAAGAAAUCUUACUGAAAAAUCCCCCAAACAAGUUUUUCAACAUAAGGAAUUCAGAUCAUAUGGCUAUGGUUUCUCAGCCUAGACAACUUUUUGCUCAUUUACUUAGUAUUUCACGAGACUAUUCUUGA